GGAGGCGUGUCUGGCGCUGAACCGAGGCGGGCUGAGGGGCUGCCUGGUGCCGUUGUUUUCAAGCGCCAAGAGGUGACUGCCAAAAUUUAAUUGUAAUCUACUGAUACAAUGUGAUUAUAUUGCAUGUAUGUGAGCGUUCUACUGUGAUAGAGGUAAAGCAAAGCCUUAUUUAAAAUUUACUGAGUUUAGUGGAUUAUCUCGAAUUAUCUUGAAUGAGGUAGCAUAAUGGGGGCUUUAGCAAGGGGAUUUGGCAUUUACUAAUCAGCCUCUCACCAACAAAGAAUGAAAUAUUUCUGUCAAACCUCCAGUUGUAAAGCCAUUCGUGUGUUUAGAUUGGGACAAACUGAAGGUCAGGGGCAUAUACUAGGAAAUUAAGUGAAAGCAUCCCAUAACCAUGCUCAGCAACCUCAAAGAAAAACAAAACAUGAAUAUAUUUGUAUUCUAGCCUAGACUUACACUGGGAAGGGAAAGAAAAGUGCUUUCUUUCUCUGUAUGGUCACAACUUUAAAAUGUAUGUCUGCAACAGUACUUGCAUGUUAGAUGGGAGUUGCAAAAAAUGAAAUGUUUGUGGAGUAGUUGUCUGAUACUGUGAAGGAAUAUUUGACUCCAAGUAAGGUUGAGCAACCUAAACUAUUACAAUAGGAUGUGAACUGGUGCUUGGAGAGUACUGAUGGUUAUCUAAUAGUUGACCAAUUGGUAGUUAUUUUAGGAUUUUCAUGGAAUUUCUUCUCCCUCACUCCUGUUUAUUCAUUUCUUUUUAAUGUCCAUUAUUCUUCUACCUACAGACAGCUCCCGGGAUUUCUAAUCAAUUACAUCAAUGAAAAGAACAUGGAUUCACAGAAGGAUGUUCAGCCUCCCAAGCAGCAGCCAAUGAUUUACAUUUGUGGAGAAUGUCAUACAGAAAAUGAAAUAAAAGCAAGAGAUCCAAUCAGAUGCCGAGAAUGUGGGUACAGAAUAAUGUACAAGAAAAGAACAAAAAGAUUGGUGGUUUUUGAUGCCCGGUGAUUUGACCUGAAGAUAUAUUAAUUUUAUACUUCAGUUUAGUAUUUCUGGCAACUUUGCUCUGUAAAUCCAUUGGUGUAUAAAUGCAUAAUUUUGUGGUUUAAGAUAUUGAAAUAUUAAACUUCACUGUGCUAUUA